AUUGUCAGGCAUCGCACAAGAAAUGGCGGUAUGGAUUUGGACACUGAGCAUUCUGAGCUACUCCUGUGUUACCUGUGCAUUAAGGCAUAAGACAUUUGAUUCGUUCGCAAGCAGGACGGAACUGAGCCAUCUGGCAGUGAACCACAAGACGGGAACUGUUUAUUUAGGAGCCGUGAAUUCCCUCCAUCAACUUACAAAAGACUUGAAACCAUAUCCCUCAAUAGGCGAUGUCACAACUGGACCAUACAACGACAACAAAAUGUGCACCCCUCCCAUCGAUGAGAGCCAGUGCACUGAAGCAAAGCCGACUGACAAUUACAACAAGAUUCUUUUGCUGGACACGCUGGAGAAGAAAAUUGUUGUUUGUGGGAGUUUGUUUAAAGGCAUUUGUUCCAUUAGGGAGCUUGAGAACAUUUCAAACAGAACUUACUACGAGAACGGCAGUGGCGAAAAAUCAUUUGUUGCAAGUAACGAUGAGCAUGUAGCCACGGUGGGGCUCAUCACUUCUUUGGAAAAAGGUAGAAUGAUGUUUGUGGGGAAGGGGAAUGGGCUAAGUGACAAUGGGAUCAUAAUCAGCACCCGGCAGCUUUUUAAUGGGGAGGGGAGAGAGAUUUUUGAACUGUAUGCAGAUCCUGCAGUGAUUAAGUCGGCGUACCCGUCCUCGAGCACGCAAGAAUUUCUGAACAUCUUUGAAGACGGCCGAUACGUGUAUUUUAUUUUCAACGAGCAUUUGAAACAACCCCUUAAAAACCGGACCAUUAUCGCGCGGCUCUGCAAGGAAGACGAACACUAUCAUUCCUAUUUUGAAAUGGACCUGGAAUGUAAAGACGAGCGUGGCCCUUACAACCAAUGCAAUGCCGUCUACGCCGCUGUGCCUGGGCAGAUUCUUUCAGACAGCAUCGCACUGUCGAGGCAAGACGACGUUGCCCUGUCAGAGAAAAUACUGAUUGCCCUUUUCCAAAGAAUCGACAGAGAUAAAAACUCCUUAGAAUCUGCUUUGUGUAUGUUUUCCUUGAUGCAGAUCAACCAGAAGAUGGAAGAAAAAAGGGAGAAAUGCUACAAGAAGCAGGGACCGGGUGUUUUUUACAAACCGUUUGUAGCGGAUAGUGUGUUGUGUACUAGUAAGAUUCAUCAGGAUCUUCUUAGCAAAACUUUUCCGUGUGGUUCUGAGCAUUUGCCAUACCCUCUGGGAAGCAAAGAGGGAAUUACAACUGAACCUCUGUUGAAAAAGGAAGGUGUUAAGUUAACUGCUGUGACCUUUGCUGUAGAGAAUGAUCACACUGUGGCUUUUGUAGGAACUUCUGAUGGCAGAAUACUCAAGAUAUUUCUGGCUAAUCCUGCAAAGGAAUAUGAUGGUGGUGUGCUUGAAAAAAACCAAGCUAUUAAGAAGGAUCUUGUCCUUGAUGCUCUCCAGGAGCACUUGUAUGUCAUGACUGCAAAAAAGGUGUUUCGAUUGCCUGUACAGGAAUGCAAUCUUUAUUCUACCUGUGAUCAGUGUAUUUAUGCUCAGGAUCCUUAUUGUGGUUGGUGUGUAACAGAGGGAAAGUGCUCAAGGAAAAAAGACUGUGAAAGAUCGGCUAGGGCAAAUAAUUGGCUUUGGAGCCCAGAUGGUAAUUGCUUGACUAUUACAAGAGCUCAGCCUCAAAACAGGAGUCGCAGGGUCUUGGGCAAGGUAGAAUUGACUCUAACCCCUAUGCCAGAUUUAAAUGAAGAUGACCAGCUACAGUGUCACUUUGGUGAAACGAGUCAUCAGGCAGAGUUAAUAGAUGAAGCUAUUAUCUGUCAUUCUCCAGAGGUAAUCCCUCCAACACCUGAAGGCCAAGACCAUGUUUUAGUUCCGCUACGUCUAACCUUUGAUGAUGGUAUAUUUUUUGCAUCCAGUACAUACCCUUUUUAUGACUGCGGAGAAGCUAUAAAUCUUUCAAAAAAUGAACCGUGCUUCUCCUGUGCAAGCAGUAGAUGGAAUUGCGAGUGGGACUGGCACAAUCAUAGCUGCGAGGACUCAUCCUUAAAAGAAGAUGUGAUUAAACAAAAUAUGGAGGAAGAAUGCCCACAAUUUCUAAAUCCCAAUCCUGAAAUAAUACCUAUGGACUAUAUAACAGAAGUGCACUUUGAAGGGAAGAAUCUAGACAAUUAUCAGGGUAAAUCUUUCUUUAUUGGGAAUGAAGAAUUUGACUUUGAGAGCCCCGUGGAACAGUCAUCUGAUGUAACUUUCUCCUUUAAAAGUCAAAAGUUUCCCCAUGCAAGUGAAACUCUGCCUCUUCAUUUGUAUAUUAGAACAAAUCAUGUCAAGAUUGAUAGCAAGCUGAUGGUGACUUUAUACAGCUGUUCCUUUGGUCGAAGUGAUUGCAGCUUGUGUCUUGCGGCUGAUCCCAAGUAUGAAUGUGUAUGGUGUGAAAACAGCUGUGUUUACACAAAAGUGUGCCGAACUCUUACUGCUACCUGUCCUCCUCCAGUUAUUACUCAGAUUGAACCAAAGAAUGGACCACUAAAUGGUGGGAUUUUGUUGACCAUCAUGGGAUCUAAUUUGGGCAUAAGAGCCAAAGAUGUCACAAAUAUAACGGUGGCAGGUACUAACUGUGUAUUUAAAGAAGAAUUCUACUCUGUUUCCACCAAGGUUGUAUGUAAAGUUGGAAACGUGCUGCAAGCAAUGAAAGGUGAAAUUGUAGUUCAUGUAAGUGGACAGCAAGGCAAAUCAACAAGCGAAGUGCAAUUUACUUAUCAGGAUCCAGAACCUACAGGAAUACAUCCCAAAAAAGGCCCCCAAGCUGGAGGGACCACCCUAACUAUCAGUGGCACAAACUUGGACACUGGCUCGAGACAAGAUGUUAAUAUUUCCCUUGGUGAUGUGCCCUGUGAAGUUAUCCAAUUUGGUGAAGAAAUCGUUUGUGUUACUGGGCCAAGUCCCAGGGUUGGAAGCGCUAUUGUAAUAGUACGGCAUGGAAGCACUGAAAAACGAAUAGAACACGAACCCUUUACCUAUACAGAUAACCCUAGAAUUGAUGGCAUCCAGCCCAAAACGAGCAUACGCAGUGGAGGACGAAAUAUUACUGUAACUGGAAGUGGUUUUGACAUCAUUCAGAAGUUUUCUGUGGAAGUCUUGGUUGAGCCUUUUAGGGAUUUCUUAUCAAAGAAAAAGAGAAGAAGGCAGGUACCGGAUCCACAAAAGUUUGAAGGAGUAGUUAUUUCAAAAUUGAAUGACACUGCCAUAGUCUUCUUAUCUCCGCCAGUUGUGGAAGAUCCAGAAAGCUAUAAAAUUGCCACACUUAUUAAAAUGGAUGGGUAUGAGGAGACAUUACAAGAUCCUUUGCAAUAUUUUCCCGAUCCAACCUUUGAAAACUUCACAGAUGGUGUCAAGAAGCAAGUCAACAAGCUGAUUCAUGCAAAGGGCAGUAAUCUGAACAAAGCCAUGACAAUUGAAGAGGCUCAAGCGUUUGUGGGAGAGCAACCCUGCAUCAUAAAAACCCUGACUGAGAAGGAUUUAUACUGCGAACCGCCUGAAGUGCAGCCCCCUCCAAAGAGAAGGCAGAAGAGAGAUACGGUUAAUAAUCUGCCAGAAUUCAGUGUGAAAUUUGGCUUCAAAGAAUGGGUCCUAGGAAGAGUGGAAUAUACCCAAGUGAGUGACAUACCGCUGAGCCUGAUUUUACCAUUAGUAAUUAUUCCCAUGGUAGCCAUUAUCAUCAUCUCAAUCUAUUGCUACAGACGGAAAAGUCAGCAAGCAGAACGAGAAUAUGAAAAAAUUAAAUCGCAACUCGAAGGCUUGGAGGAAAGUGUCAGAGACCGGUGCAAAAAGGAAUUUACUGAUCUAAUGAUAGAAAUGGAAGAUCAGACAAAUGAUAUCAAUGAAGCAAGAAUUCCUGUGCUGGACUACAAAACAUAUACAGACAGAGUCUUCUUUCUGCCAUCCAAGGAUGGAGAAAAAGAUGUCAUGAUCACAGGGAAACUGGACAUUCCUGAAGCAAGGAAGGCUACGGUAGAACAGGCUUUGAAUCAGUUCUCCAAUCUCCUCAACAGUAAAUCGUUUCUCAUUAAUUUCAUUCACACACUGGAAAAGCAAAGGGAAUUCUCAGCCCGUGCAAAAGUGUAUUUUGCAUCACUGUUGACUGUAGCUUUGCAUGGGAAAUUAGAGUACUAUACUGACAUCAUGAGGACGUUAUUCUUGGAGCUGAUGGAGCAGUACGUGGUGGCCAAAAACCCUAAGCUGAUGCUCAGAAGAUCAGAAACUGUUGUGGAAAGGAUGCUUUCUAACUGGAUGUCCAUUUGUCUGUAUCAGUAUCUUAAGGACAGUGCUGGAGAACCUCUUUAUAAGUUGUUCAAAGCUAUCAAGCAUCAAGUGGAAAAAGGUCCUGUGGAUGCUGUGCAAAUGAAAGCCAAAUACACACUGAAUGACACUGGUUUAUUGGGAGAUGACGUAGAAUAUUCACAACUGACUGUGAAUGUGAUUGUCCAAGAUGAAGGCACAGAGUCUGUGCCUGUAAAAGUGCUAAACUGUGAUACUAUUUCUCAAGUAAAGGAGAAGAUAAUAGACCAAGUCUACCGGAAUUUACCUUAUUCACAAUGGCCAAAGCCUGACAGCGUAGUUCUUGAAUGGCGUCCAGGUUCUACCGCACAGACACUCUCAGACUUGGACUUAACAUCCCAAAGAGAUGGCAGGUGGAAACGUAUCAAUACCCUGAUGCACUAUAAUGUACGGGAUGGGGCUACUCUCAUCUUGUCUAAAAUGGGGGUUUCACAACAGCCAGAGGAUCACCAGCAAGACAUGCCAGAAGAAAGGCAUGCCUUACUGGAAGAGGAAAACAAGACCUGGCAUCUAGUUCGGCCGGUAGAUGAAGUUGAUGAGGGGAAAUCGAAAAGAGGGAGCAUGAAGGAGAAAGAGAGAACCAAAGCUAUUACAGAAAUAUACCUGACAAGACUUCUGUCUGUGAAGGGUACGCUUCAACAGUUUGUAGAUAACUUUUUUCACAGUGUUCUUGACUCAAACCAUGUUGUGCCACCAGCUGUGAAAUACUUCUUCGAUUUCCUUGAUGAGCAAGCAGAAAAGUACGAGAUCAAAGAUGAGGAUACGAUCCAUAUCUGGAAAACAAAUAGCUUACCACUUCGGUUUUGGGUGAACAUAUUGAAAAACCCUCAUUUCAUCUUUGAUGUACACGUUCACGAAGUAGUGGAUGCUUCCUUGUCAGUCAUCGCACAGACUUUCAUGGAUGCUUGCACAAGAACGGAGCACAAACUCAGCAGGGAUUCUCCAAGUAAUAAGUUGCUCUAUGCAAAAGAAAUCUCUACGUAUAAGAAGAUGGUGGAAGAUUACUACAAAGGUAUUCGCCAAAUGGUACAAGUCAGUGACCAGGAUAUGAAUACACAUUUAGCAGAGAUUUCUAGGGCACACACAGACUCAUUAAACACACUUGUGGCUUUACACCAGCUCUACCAGUAUACGAACAAAUACUAUGAUGAGAUCAUAAAUGCACUUGAAGAGGACCCAGCUGCACAGAAGAUGCAGCUUGCUUUUCGAUUACAACAGAUAGCAGCUGCAUUAGAGAAUAAAGUGACUGACCUUUGAUUUGAAAGUUGCAAUAAAGAAGUCUGAUCCGAAGAUGUGUAAAUUCAUUCUUCCUGAUAAAGAAAUAGUGUUCUAUUUUUAAAUGUGUAAUUACAACUUUAAAUGGAGGGAAAUCGUGUUUUUUUUAUAGCAAAGCUGUAAUGUAAAGAAGUUUUUACUGUAAAUUAUGCUUCUAAUUAAAAUCUUGUGUUGUGUGUGAAUGAAUUUCCACUUGGGAAUGAGGGGAAGUCCUUAGAGGGUGUGGGGGGGGGGGUUUUGGUAAAGUUAUAGUUCAUUUAAUCGACUAGUACAAUCUUGAAGCAUCAGCAUUCUUAGAAUUCAUUAUUCUAGUAAAUUCCGUACCUAUAGUAUUCUUUAUACUUUAAGCAAUAUUUGUACUAGAAAAAUGAUAGCAUAUUGGAAAAAAUAAAUGCAAUAGCCCCCUUUUGAUUUCAAUAAUUGGAAACUGAUUUUUUUAAGUCUUUUUGAAUUCCCAUUGUCUGUAUUCUGCUCACAGUGAGUAGGAUAAAAGACACAUUUGUUGUGACUUUUCUGUUACGACGUCGUGCUGAAUUUUAGUAUUAUAUGGCUUUAUGUACACGAUAACUAAGUGCUUAAAACAAUCGUGGUCGUAACUGCAGCUCUUGAACUCAGUUUUCUGAGAUCAAAGUGGACACAGUGUAGUUGAACUGGAAUAGUUUGAUCCUUUAAUUGGGAAGGGAUCUGUGUGUCCCCAGUGUCAUGUAAAUCCUUUGGGGGGGGGAAAACCUGAGAGUUUCAGCAUAGAAUCUGAAGGAUUCUCAAUAGAAGCUACAGAACAAGGUCACCAAGUGCUUCCAAAUAGCCAUCAUUGGUCCAGCAUGCCGCUGGCAAGAAAAGGAAAGGAUAAUUUGUCUGUCCAGGUUUUUUUCAGUGAGAUUAUUCACAGUUGCCCUCAAACCAUGGCUCUUUUGCUCUGGUUUUGCCAUAAAAGUUCUGAAUUACACUCUGAGGGAAAGGGUCUGUGUUCAGCCAAAGCAAAUGAAAUGUUUGCUGUGUAAGAGUGCAGUGUGAUCGUACUGAGCCACGGUAGUGAUUGUGAGAAAAUAGCGUUAAAGUUCCAUUACCUAGAACUGGGUUUGGUGAGCUACUGGUCUGCCCUGAAGGAGAUGUGUGAGAGGAUCUUUAGUCACUAGUUGGGAAAUGUACUGAGGACAAAGUCUAAUUUGUUUCAACAAUCAUGGCAAAUUGUCAACCUUUCAAAGGUUCGUUUUUGUUCUUUUUUUAAUGAUUACUUUUAUUAUAUAUGCUAAUGUGCCUUACUUGUACUAAUUAUGUGAAUCUGAAUGGGUUUUUGUAAAGAGAAUCAUAUCAAAAAUAUUUAUGUGUGACUUUUGUGAGAAACACGACCAGCAGAAUGCCUGUAAUUAGCUUCUUGCCUAUUGUGUGCUGUUCAACACGAUUCAAAUAUGUAUAUCUUUUAUUGGAAUGGUUCAUAGGAUUUUUUUAAAACUGUCCUGCAUCUUCACACCAUCCUAGGAGAUUUGCUAUUUGGUUGUUGGGGGGUGGGGGUGGCCCUAAAACAAAAUUGAAUUGGUAAUGUAAAAUAUUCCUUGAGAAGCAAAGGGGGGGGGUGGAGAAUCCCAUGUUCCAUUUAGAGUAAACACCACUUGAGCCUUGGAAUGCUGCAAUGGAUGAAAUAAUCAUCAUUAACAUAUUACUGUGGAAAUUAAGGCAACUUGUCAAAAAUGUAAUGUGUGUUUACAAUCAAAGUCAGCUUCCAGGCGAUUUGAUAAAGCUCGGUACGUUAUCUUAAACUGCUGCAUUGCACAAAAGAAAGCAAUCUUUGUUACAUUCUUUUCUCACCAUACUUUUUGGCAGUUGGGUAGCAUUUUCAUGUAGCGCUGCCAUGGAAAUCUCAUUUGCUUUUUGCCAUUGCUCUGUGUUUUCUGUCCUGCUGUGUCUCCAAAACUCACUUGACUCUUAACACGUUAACAGAGUUUCAGUUGCUACCUCGCCCUGUACUGGAAUGUCUCUAACCUUCCCCCUUUUUGUUCGUCUUCAAGUGUAUUGGUAGUGGUCUUGAUUUCUAUGGAGCCAACUCAACAGCCACUGACUUCAAGACAAGUGAACCGUGAUCUGGCUUAGAAAUUAAAGGGAAGAAGCAGAGUGUAACACCUGAUGUCUUUCCUUUGAACUAUUAUGCUGCUGCUUUCAUCUGCAUACCCAACUGAACAUGUCUGGAAUGUAAGGAACUAUGAACUGUUUGGGUUCGUUUACCUAAGAAUUGUGUGUCAAACUAAGCCUCUAUACUUGCCUUCUGCCUGAUCAACAUACAUAUCCAAACUUGCUAAUCUGUUUUAUUUUGUCAUUAUUUGUAAAUCCUGUUAAUUGUAAAUCAAAUACAUUUUUUCCACAAAGUGUUAAA